AUGGUUAAAAUAUGUCAUUUCAGACUAUUUCGUUUAACUUACAUAACUUCUAAAAACUCCCCAAGUCUUCAACCCAAAAACGACGCCAUUUUUAUUAACUUUAAUUAGAGAGGCAGUAUAGCCAUCAGUGGGCAGGCCAAUUAACUCCAAACCUCUAUAUAAGUUGCACCAUCUUUCCAGAAAAAAAGAUGAAGAAGGAGGAGCAGGGUAGCUAGGAGCAACUAAGAUAUAUGGAUGUGCAUGAUCAGCGGCAGCUCAAGAAGUCAAGGGUUGUCAGAGUGAACUCUGAGGAAUUAUGGGAUUUCUUUAUCACUCAAGCUGCCAAUCAAGGCUGCCCUGGAGUUGCCCUCAAGAUGGAAAUUAAAGCCAUGCCUACUUUCCUCAUGAUGAAAGGAGGAGGCUCAACUGAUAAGCUUGUGGGUGCUAAUCCAUAUGCCAUCAAGAAAAUGCUCAAAUAAUAAUGAACUAUAGUGGGAAAAUGUACGUGGAUGAUGCCCAUGAUUUUUCAUUAAUUAAGACCAUAAUUAAACAUCUUUGUGGUAAAUAAAACUAGUGCCAAUGUGCCUGUUUCAAUUCAGGACAUUGCCUAAUUGUAUUCCUAGCUCUGACGGACCAUCUAGCCAUAAUAUUAUAUGGUUUAAUACAAAAAUUAAAGGCCAAAUCGCAUUUUUGGUUCUUGCGGUUGUUUUGGUUUA